AUGUCUGGUCGCGGCAAACAAGGCGGCAAAGCCCGCGCCAAGGCUAAGACUCGUUCUUCUCGUGCAGGUCUGCAGUUCCCCGUGGGCCGGGUGCACCGCCUGCUCCGCAAAGGCAACUACUCCGAGCGCGUCGGGGCUGGCGCGCCGGUGUAUCUGGCGGCGGUGCUUGAGUACCUGACCGCCGAGAUCCUGGAGCUGGCGGGCAAUGCGGCCCGCGACAACAAGAAGACCCGCAUCAUCCCGCGCCACCUGCAGUUAGCCAUCCGCAACGACGAGGAGCUUAAUAAGCUCUUGGGGCGUGUGACCAUCGCCCAGGGCGGCGUUCUGCCUAAUAUUCAGGCGGUACUGCUGCCUAAGAAGACUGAGAGUCAUCAUAAGGCCAAGGGAAAGUGA